CCGCCGCGGCGGAAGCAGGGGAGGACAGCGGGGGACGGGGGCGUCUCCGGAGAGCGAGGCCCUUAGAGGAGGCUUCCUCCGGGCGGAAAGACGAAGCGAGACUCCCCGGGGGAUCCCCACUCCACCCCAACCAGGGACCGGGUCGCGGUUGCACGGGCCCCGGGCCAAGGGUGAAGGCACCCCGCACAGCACUUCCCCGGCCAGGUCCAGGCAUGCCCGUCCUUGUAAGGCAAAAUCUUCGAUGGGAGCCUACCUCCCUAAAGGCUCGUGGCGGAACAGCUGUUUGACGCAUUCAGAAGGAAGGAUGACAGCUCUACAGAGGAACACGGUGUGAAUGGAAGAAACCUGUCAUUAUGCAAACAGUACAGCACUCUGAACAGACUCUAAAAACAGCUCUCAUCUCAAAGAACCCGACGCUCGUGUCACAGUAUGAGAAGUUAGACGCUGGCGAACGGCGUUUGCUGAACAAAGCCUUCAAGCCAGACAACGAUCUGUUUGGACCCAUUACCCUGCAUUCAGAAUCAGACUGGAUCAUCUCCCAUCCGGAGGCUCCCCAAGACUUCGAAGAGUUUUUCAGUGAUCCUUCUAGAAAGGCACCGUCUCCAGAGAAACGCAGUAUUUAUAUACAGUGCAUUGGGUCUCUGGGAAACACCAGAAUUAUCAGUGAAGAAUAUAUUAAGUGGCUGAAAGGUUACUGUGAAGCAUUUUUUUAUGGCUUGACAGUAAAACUCCUAGAACCGGUUCCUGUCUCUGUCACGAGGUGUUCCUUUAGAGUCAAUGAUAACACACAAAACCUACAAAUUCAUGCAGGGCAUAUUCUGAGGUUCUUAAAAAGGAAGAAACCUAGAGAUGCCUUCUGUAUUGUGGGAAUAACAAUGAUUGAUCUUUACCCACGAGACUCCUGGAAUUUUGUCUUUGGACAGGCCUCUUUGACAGAUGGUGUGGGGAUAUUCAGCUUUGCCAGGUACGGCAGUGAUUUUUAUAGCUCACACUAUGAAGGCAAAGUGAACAAGCUACAGAGAGUAUCUUCAAGUGACUAUUCCAUUUUUGAUAACUAUUACAUCCCCGAAGUGACCAGUAUUUUGCUGCUUCGUUCCUGUAAGACUUUAACCCAUGAGAUUGGACACAUAUUUGGACUCCGGCACUGCCAGUGGCUUGCAUGCCUCAUGCAAGGCUCCAACCACUUGGAGGAAGCUGACCGGCGCCCCCUCAACCUUUGCCCCAUCUGUUUACGCAAGCUGCAGUGUGCUGUGGGCUUCAACAUCAUAGACAGAUACCAGGCGCUGGUGAGGUGGAUUGACGAUGAAUCCGCCGACAGCCCUGGAGUCAGCAGGGAGCACAGUCGGGAGGAUCAUGUGACUUUGCCAAAACCUGUGGAAGCCUUUAAGGAAUGGAAGGAGUGGAUAAUAAGAUGCCUUGCUGUUGUCCAGAAAUAAGGACCUUCGCCUAGGAGUAAUUCCCGUAAACCUUUGCGCAUUAUGCUUUCCCUUGGAUGCCGUACUUCCUUAGAACAAACUGCUUACUGACUCUGCCCUGUGUCAAGUAACAGAAUGGAACCUUCUUUAAAGCAUCUGAACUUUGAAAUGAGGCUUACUUGGGAUGCCGACAACUAUAAACCCUCAGCCUGGUCGUGGUAGUGAGCUCAUCAUUUCCGUCCUUGAAAUACGUUUAUAUCUCACAAGGGAGCUAGGACUAACAGAUAAGUAAGUAAAUACAAAAAUCACUGUAUAUAUCCCAAGAAAGGAUAUCCAAGGAAUGUAAUUUCCAGGGGGUAAUUUUUGAUUCAUUUCUUAGAAGGAGUGCGCUGCCUCCCAUAGACCCAGGCAAGUCACCUACUCCACGUACAUCUCUCGUCUGUGGACCGAACUUUCCAGUGGGCCUGCCUGCUUUCCCUUUAUUCGCUGGUUGUCCCUUGAGCCUGAAAGAAGCGAUAGUUCACUUGGGGUUUGGCAGCUUAUAAAAUGUGACCUCCUCUCAACCAUAUUUACAAGUGAAACUAACAGGACUUGUACAACAAACAGUAUUUGUGAAGGGUCUUGCUCAUAAUUUGUUACGAUGGACCUUAUGUUUGUGAGUGUUGCCCUUUUCCUAUAGGCUUUGAGCAGGUGUUAGGUUUAUUCCUGCAAUAGUAUCACUCUCACUUUGCAUUGUGCAGUGUUCCCUUGAGGAGGACGGAGAGUGUGAUGGGGUGUCCUGUCGGUGUGGCAGGAAUGCCUGUGUUGGCCUGUCAGGCUGUGAACAUCGGCUGGAUUUCCACUGUGGGGGAACAGGUUGAAAAUCACAGGCUUGAAGAUUCACCUUUACGAGAGCAAUGUAUCUUACGCCUUUAGAAAUUAGAUCAGAUCAUUUGAACGCUGGUGA